AUGAACAUUGCUUUCAACAAAUCUCAUCCCAGAUAUCUUAUAGCGUGCCACUGUAUAUGGCCAUGGGAGAGCAGCUAUGCGAGCGGAAAUGGGAACAAGUUGGUUCAUGGCAGAGAAUGUUCGUGGAAAGUCGUUCAGUCGUGGGAACCGACUCUUAUGAUAGAAAACAAAGGUAAUAAAACAGAAGAAGAAGAAGAAGAAGAAGAAGAGGAGGAGGAGGAGGAGGAGGAGGAGGAGGAGGAGAAGAACAGCCAAAAAGUAAGAAAUUAUUUAAAGUAUUAA